CCUCCACCACCUGUCACUCUACGGGGGGCUAUGACUUGAGGACACUCCUCGGUUCUGAGCUCAGCUGCGGACUGGAUGGUGAAAGACAGCGGCAGGAGGAGGAGGAGGUUCAGAUUUGGAGCCUCUGGACGGACCUGACAGGCUUCUAGAAUUUAUCUGAAUUGGAUUGAGCUGAAAUAAAGAGGGAAGGAUCCCAAAUCAUCUACUGAAAUCUUCUUUAAAGGGAAAAAUAGAAAUGAAGGUACAUAUGCACACAAAAUUUUGCCUCAUUUGUUUGCUGACAUUUAUUUUCCAUCACUGCAACCAUUGCCAUGAAGAACAUGACCAUGGUUCUGAAGAACAUCACAGACAUCGUCGUGGGAUGACAGAAUCGGAGUCAAGCAAAUUUUCAGUGCUGGAUGCUGAAAAUGAAAAAAAAUAUUACAUUGAAAAACUUUUUGACCGUUAUGGUGAAAAUGGAAGAUUAUCCUUUUUUGGUCUGGAGAAACUUUUAACAAACUUGGGCCUUGGAGAGAUAAAAGUUGUUGAGAUUAAUCAUGAGGAUCUUGGCCACGAUCAUGUUUCUCACUUAGAUAUUUUGGCAGUUCAAGAGGGAAAGCAUUUUCACUCCCAUAACCACCAGCAUUCCCACAAUCAUUUAAGUUCAGAAAAUCAAACUGUGACUAGUGUAUCAACAAAAAGAAACCAUAAGUGUGAUCCAGAGAAAGAGACAAUUGAAGUAUCUGUCAAAUCUGAUGAUAAACAUACACAUGACCGUAAUCAUCGCUUAUGUCAUCACCAUUGUUUGCAUCACCACCUAGAUCAUAACACCACUCGCCAUUUUCCCAAUGAUUCCAUUGCUCACAGUGAGCGUGGGGAGCCUAGCCAUGAACCUUCAACAGAGACCAAUAAAACACAGGAACAAUCUGAAAGUAAGCUACCAAAAGGAAAAAGGAAGAGAAAAGGGAAGAAAAGUAAUGAAAAUUCUGAGGUUAUUACACCAGGUUUUCCCCCCAACCAUGAUCAGGGUGAACAGUAUGAACAUAAUCGGGUCCACAAACCUGAUCGUGUACAUAACCCAGGUCAUUCUCACGUACGCCUUCCGGAACAUAAUGGUCACGAUCCUGGUCAUGGACACCAAGAUCUUAAUCCUGAUAAUGAAGGUGAACUUCGACAUACUAGGAAGCGAGAAGCACCACAUGUUAAAAAAAGUGCAAUUUAUUCAGCUGCUACCCACAAAGAUCAUAAUGAAGAUGACCGUCAGCAUGAGUGUUUGAACGUCACUCAGUUGUUAAAAUACUAUGGUCAUGGUGCCAAUUCUCCGAUCUCACCUGAUUUAUUUACAUACCUUUGCCCUGCUUUAUUGUAUCAAAUCGACAGCAGACUUUGUAUUGAGCAUUUUGACAAACUUUUAGUUGAAGAUUUAAAUAAAGAUAAAAAUCAGGUUCCUGAAGAUAAGGCAAAUAUAGGGGCAUCAGCAUGGAUUUGUGGUAUCAUUUCUAUCACUGUCAUUAGCCUGCUUUCCUUGCUAGGCGUGAUCUUGGUUCCCAUCAUUAACCAAGGAUGCUUCAAAUUUCUUCUCACAUUCCUUGUUGCAUUAGCUGUAGGAACAAUGAGUGGAGACGCCCUUCUUCAUCUACUGCCCCAUUCUCAGGGUGGACAUGAUCAUAGUCAUCAACAUGCACAUGGGCAUGGACAUUCUCAUGGACACGAAUCUAAGAAGUUUUUGGAGGAAUAUGAUGCCGUAUUGAAAGGACUUGUCGCUCUAGGAGGCAUUUACUUGUUAUUUAUCAUUGAACACUGCAUUAGAAUGUUUAAGCACUACAAGCAGCAAAGAGGAAAACAGAAAUGGUUUAUGAAGCAGAACACAGAAGAAUCAACUAUUGGAAGGAAGCUUUCAGAUCAUAAGUUAAAUAAUACACCAGAUGCUGACUGGCUUCAGCUCAAGCCUCUUGCCGGAACUGAUGACUCGGUCGUUUCUGAAGAUCGACUUAAUGAAACUGAACUGACAGAUUUAGAAGGUCAACAAGAAUCCCCUCCUAAAAAUUAUCUUUGUGUGGAAGAGGAGAAAAUCAUGGACCAUUCUCACAGUGAUGGGUUACAUACCAUUCACGAGCAUGACCUCCAUGCUGCUGCACACAACCACCAUGACGAGAGUAAGACUGUGCUGAGGAAACAUAACCACCAGUGGCACCACAAGCAUUCUCACCAUUCUCAUGGGCCCUGUCAUUCUGGGUCCGAUCUGAAAGAAACCGGCAUAGCUAAUAUAGCUUGGAUGGUAAUCAUGGGGGAUGGCAUCCACAACUUCAGUGAUGGGCUAGCAAUUGGAGCAGCUUUCAGUGCUGGACUGACGGGAGGAAUCAGUACCUCUAUAGCUGUGUUCUGUCAUGAGCUGCCACAUGAGUUAGGUGAUUUUGCAGUUCUUCUUAAAGCUGGCAUGACUGUAAGGCAAGCAAUUGUAUACAACCUCCUCUCUGCCAUGAUGGCUUACAUAGGCAUGCUUAUAGGCACAGCUGUGGGUCAGUAUGCCAAUAACAUCACACUUUGGAUCUUUGCAAUCACUGCAGGCAUGUUCCUUUAUGUCGCCUUGGUGGAUAUGCUUCCAGAAAUGUUGCAUGGUGAUGGUGACAAUGAAGAACAUGGCUUUUGUCCAGUGGGGCAGUUCAUUCUUCAGAAUUUAGGAUUGCUGUUUGGAUUUGCCAUCAUGCUGGUGAUUGCCCUCUAUGAAGACAAAAUUGUGUUUGACCUCCAGUUUUAACCAUUCCCAGUCACCAUUGUGGAUUACGAGAAUGUUCCCAUGCAGCUGUGCAGCUGUUCCUAGUGCUGUGCGCACAUUUUGCUCAAAGAAAAGUCAGUGGCUUGCACUACUUACAAGUUCCAUAGAUCUGAGCCUAACCACAAAAGACUGGUUGGUGCUCAGUACUGCUUUUCCCUGUGUGAAGGGGUCUUUUAAAAAUACAAAGCUUGUGAUAAAGAAAGGAGAAAAUGGGACUCCAUGAACCAAUGUUGAUAUAGGUUUAAGACUUUUAAAAGAAUAAUCAUAUAAAACACUAAAGUAGUCUCUGGUAGUAGAAACUUCUGUGGCUAUGCAGAAAUAGAAAUUGAACCAAAAAAAUCAUUUAAACUUUAAAAAUAUUUUAAAUGGACUUCGGGCAGACUUUUCUUUGUGCUAAAAAUGAAUUGUAGCAUCCUUUAAUUCAGUUACAUAUAUACAUAAGGUAAUGGGGAUCAACUUGGUACAGUUUUGAAACUGCAUUAGGUAGGCUAUAGGAACUAGAGGAAGGCUCAGGCUGCAUUAGAGUAUGAAUUUAGCAUUGGGAAAAGCCCUUAUUCUUGAAUCUAGAGUUACUAUUUUUGUAUAUAUUGGCAUAGUGUUUAAACUUGCAGCCUAAACUACUGAAAUCUGUGAUUGUAUGUUUGUGUGAGCUUCAGUUUAACGAAAGAUUCAUAAUGGUUCUUCGUAUUAAUAUUAUACUUGGUGUUUGGGUGUUUUUUCUUUCAAACUUUAAUUUUGUUUUUGUUUUGGGAUUUUUGGUGGGGGUAGGGAGUUGGAGCAUGUGGUAAAAUGUUUUUUUCAUUCAGAGUGUAACCCUCUAGGAAACAUCAGAACAAAGAAGAACCCAAACAUGAUCUAAAUAUUCAGUUCUGCUACUUUAACAGUACUAACUAGUUAUUUGGGAAAUUUAAGUUCUAAAUGUAUGCAUUGCUUUACCAGCUUGGCUUUGGAACCUAGAGCACAUGCUGUGACUGGCAGUGAGGUAAGGCAGAAAAUCCACGUUUACCAUAUCCUAAUCUGUAUGUCCAUUAAAAUGGUUAUGAGGAAAAUCUCCAUUGAUACCAUAGCUAGCAUGGUACCAAGUGACUUGGGAGAUACGCUUAAAUAACUCCGCUAAAAUCACUUAAUCAUUUUGUGCCAAGAUAUGCGGUUGGUGCCUGAUAGGGGUUGGUCUCUUUUAUAGAUGCCCUGUUCUACCAUAAUUGAGUGAUUUGUGAGAAGUGCGAGCCGUGUUUAUCCUGAAUUUUGACCCAGUAAUUUGUAGUACUAGUCACAUUGCAUGUAGCUUUCUGUUGACGUCUUGUGCCACACGGCCUUCAUUCAUGCCAGGUAAACUGUAUUUGAACUAUGUGCAGGCAGCUUGGUUUUAAUCUGCUUGGCUACCAGUGCGGCUGCUUUAAAAAUCUUACUGUUCAAAUAUUUAAGAGCCAAACUCUUUCCAUUCCAUUUACCAUGUUUUCAUUUCCUCCUCCUUUUCCUCAGCCCCUUUCCUCUUACUUCAUGAACUUUAAACAAAAAAAUAAAACUUCGAGAGCAGCACAUGUUUCCAGGUAUUAAGAGUAUUGCCAGUGUUUCUUCUUUAUGCUGUGAGCGAGGAAGCUUAGGUGUUAUUUCCUUAAUUUGUGCCUGAAUUUGAAAAAUUAUUUCUGGCUUUUCUCACGGCCUCCUGUAAUAAGUAGGUUUUGGUUUUCUGUUUUUUUUGUUUUUUUGUUUUUUUUUUUUUUUUAAACAUAGAACAUCUUCAGCAUUGGGCACUGAAUUAGGACAGCCUUCAUCUCAUUGCUUGGCCCUUCAAGCAACCUAGUAAAAGGUGCUGUUAUUUUAUUUAGUACUGCCAACUUCGAGUGAUUAAAAUAUCUUGCUUUCUGAACCAAGAUAUAUAAUUCAUUUUUGCAUUUUUAUACCCAAGGAAGAUUCUGCAUUCUGGCAUUAAAUCUGCUUAAUUAUAAAACUUUUAUGAAAAGCAACAGUUGGAAUAGACUCCCCGUCGUAAAGGUCUGGUUGAAAACAAACAGGUUCUGCUGAAGUGUAUAAAGUUUUAUAUUCUCUGAAAAAUGGUAUUACAUUAUCUUCAUUUGCUAGAUUUUUUAAAACCUGUUAAGAGGGCUGUAACAGUUGCUGCUAGUAUUUUGUUAGGGUUCCACCAGUAUUUAGUUUUCAUGUCAUUCUGAUGUAUUGUUUCAAGUCUGACCAGACAAUCUGAAUUCCACUACAUUUCUGUUCGGCUCCAACAUUCCAUUGAGCUUGACCAGUCUAAUUUAACAUGUGUUUGUUGGAGGUUGUUAAUGUUACUUGUACAAUGCUGUCACUGUGUGACAUCCAUAUGAGUUUUGGUGUAUAUCACAUUGCAUUCAAUCAGCUGUGAUUAUGCGUAGAAAUACAAUAGUAACUAGAUGCAGUGUGAAUUUUUUCCAUUAACAGUAAGUCAGUGGCUUAAAUAUGAUUAUGGUCCUGCAAGGUGAUACUUGCUAAAAUACCUAAACCUUUUUUUGUUGUUGUAACUGAAUCAUUUUUAAAAAAAAUUUAUAAAGCUGGAAAUGAUCAAAUGCUGUUUUUUUCAUUGUCAACAGUGGUGUGUCAUUUUAUGUAUGUUCCUAAUGCUUAUGGAACUCUCCCAAAAUAAAGUUAUUCAAAAAGAGCAAA